AUGGCCGCGGGCGCCCUGCCGCCAUGCAACAGGUGGCUGCGAGAUUUCCUCAGGGCGUCACACUUCUCCCUGGGGCCUGACCCGCGGCUGCACCGCGGCGACCUGCACUCCAGGUCGCACCGCGACUUCCCAGCCUACCCGCAUGCCUCCCGGGCACAGCCCAGCCCGCCGCCACCACCCUCGCCGCUGCUCCCGGUGGACACGCGCUGGGCGGGCGAGGUCCACGUGCCGGAGACGCGCCGCGCAUUCCCGCCACCGUGCACGCCUUCGGCGCAAAUGCUGCAGGAGCAGGCGCGGGAGCGUGCGCUCGCCCUGGGCGCCAGCCACGUGCGCCCUCCCGAGGGCGUGGGCGCCCGCACCGGCAUCUCCAUCGCGCGCGCCACCUAUGGCUGGCCCGAGCCGCCCGCGAGCGCGCACGAGCAGAUCCGCGGCGCGCGUCUCCUCUUCGACCGCGACUCCGUGCCGCCGGGAGACCCCAAGAAGCUGCGUUUCCCGCUCACCACGUACCGGGCGCUGUUUCCCCCCUACGACGCGUGCCUGCAGCCCCGCAUGCCCUGCUACCACCUGGGGGGCCCAAACACCCUUAAGUGGGACUACUGGGAACGAGACAAAACCACCUACCAGAGACUGUUCCAGGCCCUGCCGGGCCCCCCCGCCCUGAUGUGUAAGAGGGCCUCAUCCAGCGUGCAACUGGGAGACAGCAAAAUUGGCUACGGACCCCUGUGUUCUGAGCAGAAAGAGUUCUACAGGCCGCAGGGCCUACCCCCAGACAGGUAUGACAAGGCCCAGGCGGUGACCCACAACCAGCACGUGAGCAUUCGCCCAGGAGACAGCCGCUUCCUCCGCGGGACCACCAAGGCCGAGCACUUCCGAGCUCCGGAGCCAGAGCCGGUCGUGCUUCACCGAGAUACGACUCCUGAGUCGCACAUCCUGGAAGGGAACUGGCGCCCUGGUCCCGGCAGCCUGGAAACCUGCACGCAGCGCUUCUACGGCCAGCCGCCGCCCCCGACCCAGCCGCCCAGCCGCCACCUGAGCCAUGACAGGUUGCAGGAUCACGUGAUCCUGGGAGACGCGAAGCUGCUCGGCCACUUCUUCCAGACCACCAUGGGCUCGGACUACUUGCCCUCAGACAAGGGGCGGCCAGAGAGAGCACCCAACCUCCACUUGAUGAAGAGCAAAAUGUGGGAGGAGACCCCUGAACCAGACUUUUUAACCACGAACCAGAAGAUGAUGAAGGCCCACAGAGCAGCCCCAGCCUCCGCCACGGAAGACAUGCUGCAGCGGAGCAAGCACAGCCACGUGGAGCCGCCACUGGGUGGACAGCGCUUUUUCUCAACUCAGUACACGGAUGAGUUUCCCUUCAAGUACCAGGGCCCAACGGUGCUGAGAGUGAACAACAUACAGGAGAGCCACGUGCCCUUGGGCACGCCUCGCCGCUCGGGCUGCCUGGGCGAGAAGGUGGACCCUCGAGCCCCCCAGUCUCGAAUGUACCCAUGCCCCAGCCAGCAGUAA